AUGGAGGAGUACAAUCGUUAUUCCAAUAAGAAGAAAGAAGAAAAAGAUCUUUUAUGUAAUCAUGAAACAAUAAAAGAAGUUUAUGAACAAAACAAGUCUACACAUUCGACAAACAACAGCAGUAAUUCCAAAUCAUCACUUAAAAGAACAGAAAGUAAAAUGGAAGAAAGUCAUUAUGACUCUGACAACAAUAUGGAAUUAGAGAGCCAAACGGAUGACUCGGAAUGGAAAUAUCAAAAGAAAUCAACUAAACGUGGAAACAAAGCACCAAGAAUGGAUUCCUUUAUCCAUGGAAGAACAAUAACAUCGUCUUCAUAUAGUCACAAUAGAAAGGAAAACAAAUCAUUACGUCACACCCAGGCACAUAUACAAAAUGAUGACGAAAAGAACGAAAGAAAAAAUGACAGAUGUCAGCUGGCACAUAUAGAAAAUCAGGGCAAUCAAGACCAAGAGGAUGAAAUUCAACUUUUAGAAAUUACAUCAGCACAUCAACGAUCAAACAACAAGGACUUAAGCCAAACAGGCAAUCAACAAGAGCCGGAUGGAAUAAAUGACAUAUACGUAACCAACCAGGCAAUAAAAUUUGCAGUUGAAGAUAAAUUUCCACCACUAAAAAUUAUCUGCAAUCCAAGUUUAACAAGCAAAGAAGAAGCUGAAAAUAUUAUUAAGGAAUUCUUCAAAUAUAUUGAACAAAAUUUUAAAAAAACUAACCCUCGAUUCAUUUAUCCUCUAGGUUUCGAUCAUUACAUUAUUGAUAAAGCAGGAUCAUUAAUUUGUUUCACAAAAUACAUUGAAUUAUUUACAAAGAUGUGUAGUCCCAACCAUUACCCAGAAAAUAUAAAUAAUAUCAAACUAACACCUAUAUUACCGACGAGAUUACCAUCACGUAACGCAGUUAUUUUGAAAUUAGUUCAUAACUCACUAAAAUUAGAUGAUAUACAAACACAAGUUAAAGAAAAAAUGAAAUCAAUUUAUAAAGUAGAAGAAAUGCUGGGUACAUUUACUUACCGUUCACGACAUAUUCGCGUUGACUUACUUUCACAAGAUGAAUAUAGAAAUAUUCUAAACAGUGGUAAAUUUGCAGUAGGAGGUCAUUUAUACGACAUAGAUGAAUACUUACCUUCACCAAAGAUCUUAAUAUGUAACAAAUGCAAUUCACCAGGUCAUACUAAAAGAAGCUGUAAGGCAAUAAAUGAAAUAUGUAAAAGAUGCGGUGUCAACAGAAACGAUGGUGCUGACCACAAAAACUGUAUUGUUAAAUGUCAUCAUUGUGGAGAAGACCAUGAAGCAACCAGCUUUAAAUGCAAAACUAUUAUUAAAUUUAGACAAAAUCUCCUACAAAAAUUAAAAGAAAAUAAUCAUUUAUUACCUCAACACGUUCAAUUCUACAUUCCACAGAAGUAUCGUAAUGGAAAAAUGGAAAAAAUCUUGAUGAACAAACAUUACGAAGCACAUAUUAAUCAACAACAUAAAACAAGUCCAUUUUUUAAUAAUCCUGAUGAUUAUAGAAUGUGGCCUUCAUUAAACCCAAAUUUAUCGUUGGCAUCAAACACAAAUGCGAACGCAAGAUCAUUAUGGCAUUUUGAACUAAAACAAAUUCAGGAAGAUUUGAAUCUCAUAAAACAGGAAAAACGAGAUAGAAAUAAAAAAAUGGAAAACACAGCAUGA